GAACCAGGCCAGACGUACGCGAGAAAUCCAGGCAGAAGGUGGCAUUAGCACUUCUUUCUGAGAUCCCAACCCCUGCCAGACCCACCUGGAGGAGCUGCCACGGUGUUUUUCUGGAAACCCCCUUUCUGUGGCGAGGAUUAUUGGGUCGCGGUCUCCCAAGGACACGGAAACCCUUGCUCAAGAGCUGGAGCGGCUCAGCACCAGGCGAAAGUUCAUGGAGCUGUGACAACCCGCAUUCGGCUCUGUCCCCUCUUCCCAUGCGUGCACUAGGAGGGGUCUUCUCUGCGGCAGACCCAAACCCCCUCGCCGAGUGUCUUCAACGGGUGUCCCCGCACCGCUCGAUCCCCUCCCCCGCCCGUCCCUCCCGGCUGCCAUAGAAACCGGCCUACGAGGUCCCGGCCGGAGUCCCCUUGCCCGACCGGCCCCCCUGGUACUCCCCCCUCGGGCCAGCCCCCCGCUCCGGAUUGGUCCUUCGGGAAACGCCGCGGGGCGCCUCGGUCCCGGAGGCUGAGCCGCGGCCGGCGGGCGGGGUUUGCCGGAGCUUCUGUCCGUCAGCUCAGCCGCCCUUGACAGCCCCGGGAGCCCACGCACCGCACCCGAGCGCCCGGCCGGGCGCCGCCGAGCCCGCCAGCCCGCCGCGCCGCGGAGGGUGAAGCAGCAACUGCCGAAUUUUUGAGACAGCUCACGGCUUAGAGGAAGGCUCAUCUAAAUAAAGGCCAGCUAAAGUGACAUUGCAGGGAUUUAAUCCUUCUCUGGCUGCCCGUGUGACCAGAAGGCUGAUUUGCAAGUUUCUUCUUUCCUGGGGUCCAGAUUAUUAGGUUUCCAGGGCCCUGCAACUUGAAAGUGAGAGCAGCACAAGAUGAAGAGUGUCGAACAGAAGCACCAGCAGCGGGGGCUGGGGGGCCUCCGCGGGGCUUGUACACACCAGAGUGCAAGAUUCUCUGGGCAUCAAAGGAAAUAGCAAACUGGAACCUUUGUCCUGGAACACAGCCACCGACCACAGAGCAUCAGAUUCCACGUUCGCCACCAAGUUGCUGGAGUCCGAUGGGGAAGUGCUGUGGUAGCUGGACGUGUGCUAGUUAACUGUGCAGUCACAGCCUGGGAGUCCCACCUGAGGGAAGGUGGGAAAUGCCUCGAGUGACGGGGGAGGCUCUCGGCCGGGCUGGGCAGAUGCCGACCUCUCACUGAAGACAAGCGGGAGGCUGCUCAGCAAGGAGGUUUGCCCGGCUCGCAGGACAGCAGGACAGCUGUCACGGACCCUGGGCUCUGACAGCCCUCGGCCAGCAUCUCCCGCCAGCUGGGCCUCUCCGCCCUCCGCACUUGCCCUUGAUCGGUGGCUCUUCGCUGCGAUGGAGACGUGAGGCUGGGUGGACGAUGACUGCGGUGUACGUGAAUGGAGGCGGCCUGCUGAGCCCCCAGUGUGCCAGGUGGGAUCGGCGCGAGAGCGGGGACAGCGGCUGUCAGGCGGAGUGCGGCAAGGACGGCGAGGAGGGACAGCUCCGCCAGCUGACGCCUUUCGAGAAGCUGACCCGGGACAUGUCCCAGGAUGAGAAGGUGAUGAGGGAGAUCACGCUGGGGAAACGGAUAGGCUUCUACCGAAUUCGAGGGGAGAUCGGAAGUGGAAACUUUUCCCAAGUCAAGCUCGGAAUUCACUCCCUGACCAAAGAAAAAGUGGCCAUUAAGAUCCUGGACAAGACCAAGUUAGACCAGAAAACCCAAAGGUUACUAUCCCGUGAAAUCUCAAGCAUGGAAAAACUACACCAUCCCAACAUCAUCCGCCUUUACGAGGUCGUGGAGACCUUGUCCAAGCUGCAUUUGGUGAUGGAGUAUGCAGGGGGUGGGGAGCUCUUUGGGAAAAUCAGCACGGAAGGGAAGCUCUCCGAAGCAGAAAGCAAGCUCAUCUUCUCCCAGAUUGUGUCUGCCGUGAAGCACAUGCAUGAAAACCAGAUUAUUCAUAGAGACCUGAAAGCAGAAAACGUAUUUUAUACCGGUAAUACUUGUGUGAAGGUGGGCGAUUUUGGAUUCAGCACGAUAAGUAAGAAAGGUGAAAUGCUGAACACUUUCUGUGGGUCUCCUCCCUAUGCUGCACCUGAACUUUUUCGAGAUGAGCACUACGUUGGCAUUUAUGUAGAUAUCUGGGCCUUGGGGGUGCUUUUGUACUUUAUGGUAACUGGCACCAUGCCUUUCCGGGCAGAGACGGUGGCCAAACUGAAGAAGAGCAUUCUGGAGGGCACCUACAGCGUGCCCCCACAUGUGUCGGAGCCGUGCCACCGACUCAUCCGAGGAGUCCUCCAGCCUGUACCCACAGAGAGGUAUGGGAUCGACUACAUCAUGAACAAUGAAUGGAUGCAAGGGGUGCCUUACCCCAUCCCUUUGGAACCUUUCCAGCUGGAUCCCAAACAUUUGUCAGAAACCAGUACCCUCAAAGAAGAAGAAAAUGAGGUGAAAAGCACUUUAGAACAUUUGGGUAUCACAGAAGAGCAUAUUCGAAAUAACCAAGGAAGAGAUGCUCGAAGCUCAAUCACAGGAGUCUAUAGAAUCAUUUUACAUAGAGUCCAAAGGAAAAAGGCUUUGGAAAGUGUCCCAGUAAUGAUACUACCAGACUCUAAAGAAAGAGGCCUAAAGAAAGGGUCCCGUGUCUACAGAGGCAUAACACACACAUCCAAAUUUUGUUCGAUUUUAUAAAUUGCAUUAGACUGCUGGAAAUUAACCAAGAUCAUUGUUGCCACUUUUAAAUUUUUUUACGGACAACUUGGGUGGAGACAUUUUUGUAAUUUUUAAAUAAAUUCAAAUUUGAAAUAUG